UGUGAUUGAGUCUCUUCCGGGACCAGACAUACUAGCCUAAUCACGGGGCGGUGCAGCUUGCGGCUUACUGGACCAUUAUCAGGCUUCAGUCAUCACUGUACUACACAGUAUAUCCGUUGUUGACAGGCUGCUUUCAACCAUCGACAGACGGAAAGACACUCUGCUCAAGUCAGUAUUUGACCGACUCUGCGCAGCCGAUGUACGUCUGAGCCAUCCACCAUCAAGGAUUCCUGAUACAGAAAAAGAGCACGAGCACAUUGCCCUUGACGUGCAGAUAGAUGCGUUCCACAGGACAGGCGGACCUGCCGGAGUAUGGAGAGGAAGUCCACCAUCGGCAGCCGCCGGGUGAGGCGCAAAACUGGCAGGACAGUGUGGUGUUGGUGUGGUGGGACGAGGUCAACUCGGUAGGUGGGUUUCACCGACUGGGCCACGAACCCAACGCCGUCGGCGGCGGGAAAGUCACCUGCUGGAACUACCUGUGGGCGCCGGAAGGCGUGUACAAGAAGACGGGCUACAACGCUCUGAGAGAUCAAGACCUGCUACCCAACGGCGGGUACGGCAACGGCGACGACACGUGCCGGAGCGAAUACGUCGACAGCGAACACGUGUGGACCAUCGACGAUCCCGAGCACGAGACGUCGGCUUGCUUGAAACUGGUCGACAUCAGCGGCAACGUCGACUGUUUCCCCAAGUCGGCGUCCAUCAAGUCCUUCAACACCGCCCACUUCGACAUCCCCGGCAGGGUCAACGGGUGGUUAAAAGUCCGCGGUCACAAGUAUGAGAUCAUCGACGCCCACGGCAUCCGGGACCACGGCUGGGGCCCGCGAGACUGGCAUAGCUUCUACUCGCACCGCUGGGUCGCCGGCACAUGUGGUAAGGACCUCAGCUUCAUCGCCGUCGCGUGGCACAGCGCCGAUGAGACGAUGAUGAGCUUCGGGUGGGUGAUCCGCGACAACGUCGUCACCUUCGCAAAGGAUCUGGACGUCGUGGCAUACGUCGAGAUUGACGGGGCCACGAAUCGUGGCGGCCACCUGAAGUGGACUCUGGUGAGUGGGGAGGUUCUGGACAUUGAAUGCACCGCAUUGCCGAUUCCCGGCGUUGUGUCCUACCACAAUGACAAUUGUGUGGUCGAGCGAUUUUGCUCCUGGACAAGUGGCGGGCUCAAAGGGUUCUGUGAUUUUGAGACGACGUCGAACAUCCAGAAGGGAUCCCGAACACCCAAAAAUUCAGCUCUGCCAUUAUCGGCAACGGAUUCUGGCCAAAUUGACAGGACAGCUCAAGUUACAGCGAUAAGACUCCAUAGCUUCGCGUGCCUAGAGACCUUUGAUCCUUCUCUGUCCACUCUUCUGGUCUUCAACUCUCUUGCUCCGUUGAUCGUAGGACUGGUCCCUCGAAAGAGGAUGGCAAAACAAGGCUGAUUGUAAGUCCAGGCGAUAGACGAUAAGGGCUGGUGGGCCACCAGCACGACGAGGGCCCAGCGUUGGCAGUGUGCCUAUCUUUUGGGAGACAGGCUCGGUGCGCAGCCAUACUCAGUCUGAGAUGCUGAGAUAUUUUCGACCUAAGUGAUAAGCCCGGCAGUUGGCCUCGGCACGCAAUAUCACAGUGAUUACUUAGCUAGUGCACCACACUCGCAUCUGUAGAGAUCAUAGCUCGCACUCCCAGUAUUUAUAACAGUACUCGGAAACCGGAAGAAAUGGCGUUACAACUUGCCACAUGUCCACUCUGCUUACUGCUUGUUCCCUCAGCCGAUAGUAAAC